ACCUAGUCAGUCUAUGUCAUGGAAAGAGCAGGUGUCUUAAUGUUUUGUACAUGCAGUGUUUAUAAAAUCACAUGAAAAUUACGUUUUUGACAGCACUGGGCCUUUAAAUCAGUGCUGAUGCUUAAUAUUUGUGCAUUUUGCUAUGUAGGCCUACAGCAUGCAAAACAUACUGUAUUGCUGCUACUACAUUAGCAGUCUGGAGAAGAGAGAGGGUCAAUGAGAAAGAAAGUCACCUGUUGCCAUAGCAGCAAACCAAAAGGACAGGUUUCCCAUCUCUUCUACUGUUAGAGAGAAGCAUUAGCCUGUUACAAUGCUUCAUUAUUUGCAUAAAUUGCAGCCUGAGCUAAAAUUCAGCAAUAUUGCUAAAUUCAGCUCUUAGAUUAUUAGAUAAGUAGUAUGUUCGAUUCCUAAGUGAAGAAAUGUACCAUGUUACAGACUACAUUUAGACCUGGUGUGCUGCUUUAAACACUUAGUAUAUGGCACUGGACAGACGUUUUAUGUGCAAAUUACUUCAUGCAAAUUCUGAUGAAUAAAUACCAAGGCCUGAAACACCAAUGCAAUUAAUCGAUAAAAAAUAAAUAAAAAAUAGGCAAGCAUCAUAAUAACGAAUCACACAAUUCCCAAUCAAUAUAGGGGCGGCAGGUAGCCUCGACAAUGGGGACCCUGGCCGUGACCCCACUCCCUGCGAGUGUCUCAGGGGGAGUUGGGAUAUGCAACAACAACAACAAAAACAUUUCCAUUACACAAUUGUGUGUAACUGGGCUAAUAUAAGCGCCACACAUAUUAUUAUCAUUAUUAUAGUGUCUUAUAAGCUCUGCAAACGUUUAACAGUUCAUGAACUUAUUAUAAAUACAACAAAGAUUUGAGAACACGUGUGGCUCAGUUGGUAGAGCAUGGCACGAUUCCCACUGGGAACCAGUACGAACAUGUAUUCAUUCAGUCAUCAUUACUGUAAAUCGCUCUGGAUGAGAGUCGUCUGCUAAACGACUAAAAUGUAUAUGUUUAUCUUGAGUCAAGUCAGACAACUAGGCGCAUGCGUUCUCAAGAAGCAGCCAGGAAGGGGGACUCUUCUAGCAACGGUAGUCUGCCAGUUAGGAUAGCAGUCUAGCGGGUCUGACAUCCGUACUGCGUACGAGGGAAGCUAUUGCCCGACUUCACAUGAUCCUUGGCUAAUCCUCCAGCCUCUUGGGAACGAAGAUAAUAACAUGUGUGCCGGAAUUAGGUAGACACAGACACGAUACAACGUUGUGGAGAUUUACAUAAAACAAAUUCGCUGCUGUCGCGUUUCCGAUACAGGUUCCAUCCUCUCGGGUCCGUUGAGGAUGAGGUUCCCGACCAUCAGACGGUGUCCUGGGGAAGGAGAUGGGAAGAAGGAACUCGCUCCACCAUUUAGGAACCCUUUUGUGCAUGACUUGAGAUUCACCCCGCUCGAAAAGGCAAAGAUAGCGUUGAUGACGGUGACUCUGUUCCCCAUCCGGUUGUUCCUGGCAGCCUUCAUGAUGCUGCUGGCCUGGCCCUUCGCCUUCAUCGCCUCUGUGGGACGCAACGAGAUGGUGGUGGAAUCCCAGUCCUUAUGGAGGAAGUUUGUGGACAUUGCUCUGAGGACAAUCAUGCGGGUCAUGUGGUUUGCAGGAGGUUUCCAUUGGAUGACGGUGAAGGGGCGCCAGGCGCUACCGGCGGAGGCUCCUAUCCUAACCCUGGGACCCCACUCCUCCUACUUCGACGCUAUCCCCGUCACCAUGUCCAUGGCCUCCAUCGUCAUGAAGGCAGAGAGCAAGGACAUCCCUGUCUGGGGCACUCUGAUCAAGUACAUCAGACCAGUGUUUGUCUCGAGGUCAGACCAGGACUCCCGUAAGAAGACUGUUGAAGAGAUCAAACGCAGAGCCCUCUCUGGAGGAGAAUGGCCUCAGAUAAUGAUUUUCCCAGAGGGGACGUGCACCAACAGGUCCUGUCUCAUCACAUACAAACCAGGAGCGUUUAUUCCAGCGGUGCCAGUUCAGCCUGUGGUGAUAAAAUACCCCAAUAAAAUGGACACCAUCACCUGGACGUGGCAGGGGCCUGGAGCGUUUAAGAUCCUGUGGCUCACACUGUGCCAGCUGCACAAUGAGUUCAUAAUUGAGUUCCUUCCUGUCUACACUCCAUCAGAAGAGGAGAAGAAAAACCCUGCUCUGUUUGCUCACAACGUCAGGCGCCUGAUGGCCAAGGCCCUGGACAUCCCCGUCACCGACUACUCCUUUGAAGACUGUCAGCUGGCCAUGGCUGAGGGUCAACUCAGACUCCCUGUUGAGACCUGCCUGUUGGAGUUCGCCAAGCUGGUCCGGAGACUGGGGUUGAAGCCCCAGAACGUGGAGAAGGGACUUCAGGAGUUUGGGAACAGAGCCAGGAAGAUGGAGGGAGAGAAUCUGCGUCUGGAUGACUUUGCCCAUUACCUAGAUGUCCCUGUGUCAGACAUGCUCAGAGACCUCUUCUCUCUCUUCAACCAGGAAGACAACAUGAUAGACGUUAGAGAAUACGUCAUCGCCUUAUCUGUUGUAUGCAGACCUGCUAAAACUAUGGAGACCAUGAAACUGGCCUUCAAGAUGUUUGAGGCGGAGGAGGACGGUGCGAUCACAGAGGCUGAGUUGGCCUGCAUCCUAAAGACGGCGCUAGGAGUGGCUGACCUUAACGUCUCACGUCUCUUCACUGCUAUCGACACAGAGGACGCAGGGAAACUGACCUUCGACAAGUUCAGGAGCUUUGCAGAGCAGCAACCAAACUUCAGUGAGGACUACCUGUCCACAGACAAUACAGGCCUGAACGGCUGCCCUCACCAGUCCAACGCCACGCCCAACGCCAAGCCCCAGACCAAUGGGUUCUGCCCUGACUUCAGCCCGCCAGACAACCACCACAGCGCAACGACGGACGGUUCAGUGAAGAAACACAACUGAGUCUGUUAGCCAUCUCAGAAUCCACCUCUCCUGGUGAGAGAGUGGUGCUG